AUGGAAAAUGAAUUUAUCGUGAAGUAUAAGGAAGGAAGCUAUUAUUGUGCUUGCCCAAGUGGUUACCAUGGAGACGGAAUCAAACUAGGAAAAGGUUGCUUACCAGUACCAGACAAACGAAGUCUUCCCUUGGCMGUGGUGGUUCCUCUAGGUAUUGGAAUAGCAAUGGUUUUGAUAASCUUGUUUGGUUUUGGACUAUGGGGAUAUGCCACAGUUAAGAGAAGAAAACAAAUAAAACUUAAACAGAMGUACUUCAAGAAAAAUGGUGGCCUAUUAUUAGAACGUCAAAUCACCUCUUGUGAAGGCAGUGCUAGGGUUGAGAGUACCAAAAUCUUUGUUGAAGAAGAACUGGAAAGAGCAACAGAUAACUUCAAUGAGAAUCGAAUCCUUGGAAAAGGUGGUUUUGGUACAGUUUAUAAAGGGAUGCUAUCAGAUGGAAAGAUAGUAGCCAUCAAGAAGUCCAAAGAAGUGGACGAAAACCAAGUGRAUCAAUUCAUUAAUGAACUUAUGAUUCUUUCACAGAUCAACCAUAGAAACAUAGUGAAGUUGUUGGGCUGUUGUCUAGAAACAGAAGUUCCUUUGCUUGUUUAUGAGUUUAUAUCAAAUGGAACCCUUUCCAACCUUCUUCAUGAUGAAGACUAUUUGCCAUCGCUUUCUUGGGAAAUGCGCUUAAGAAUUGCCGUGCAAAUUGCAGGAGCACUUGCUUAUUUGCAUUCUGCAGCUUCCAUCCCAAUCUUUCAUAGGGAUAUAAAACCCAGUAACAUUCUGAUGGAUGAAAAGUAUAAUCCUAAAGUAUCYGACUUUGGGAUAUCAAGAUCAGUUCCCAUUGAUAAAACUCACUUGACUACAGCAGUGCAAGGGACCUUCGGGUAUUUGGACCCAGAGCACCUUCAUUCAGGCCAAUUCACAGAAAAGAGUGAUGUUUAUAGUUUUGGAGUAGUUCUUGUUGAGCUCUUAACUGGGAAAAAGGCGAUCGAUUCUUCGAGACCUAAUGAGGCAAAAAGUCUAACUAUGCAGUUUACAUCUUUGAUGAAAGAGAAUCGUUUAUUAAACAUUUUGGAAACUCAAGUGGUGAAAGAAGCAAAGGAAGAUGAGCUUCUGAUUGUUGCCAGGGUUGCAAAGAGAUGCUUAAAAUUAAAUGGAAAGAAAAGGCCAACCAUGAAAGAAGUUGCAGCAGAUCUUGAGAGAAUAGUAAGAUCUCAUGAACCUUCACUCGAAGAGGAUAUGUGGUUGGAAAAAGGAAUUUCAUGCCACUACACCAAUAAUCUGACGGAGAUAGACACUACUUAUGGAAGUACUAUUUCAACAACCAAUGGCAAACAUGAGGGCGAUUCAUCUCCAUUGCUUUAUUUGGUUUAAGCCUUUGAUGAAGACUUAAAAUGGUAAUUAAUUUUUCUUCUCAAGGCUUUAAUUAUCCAAUAAAUGGAAAGGUUUAGCCCAACUAUGAUUUCUAAUUUGCAAUUGAAUAAUUUGUACUCCUGAAUUGCAUCUUUGAACACAUGUGGAUGAAAUGGAAAUGUGUUUUGUU